UGCGCCGGUGUGAACAGAGGAAGGGGAAAUCUGCGGCUCUGGGCUUCUGACUGGCGGCUCACCUCUCAGCCUCAUCGGUUCCGGAAGGCGCACGGAGCUCAGCUCUCUUUUUUUGGAAAACACUUUUUUGAUUUAACAGCUCCUCGCACAGAGCAAAGAAAAGAACAGAGAAAAUGCCUAAAUCGGUCAAUGUCCGCGUCAUCACCAUGGAUGCUGAGCUGGAGUUUGCCAUCCAGCACACCACCACCGGCAAGCAGCUGUUUGACCAGGUGGUGAAAACCGUCGGCUUACGUGAAGUCUGGUACUUUGGACUUCAGUACCAGGAUGGCAAAGGUUACUAUACUUGGCUAAAACUGGAAAAAAAGGUGUCGUCCCAGGACGUGAAGAAGGAGAACCCACUGCAGUUCAAGUUUCGGGCCAAGUUCUUCCCAGAGGAUGUGUCUGAGGAGCUGAUCCAGGACAUCACCCAGAAGCUUUUCUUCCUUCAGGUGAAGGAGGGUCUCCUGAGCGACGAGGUCUACUGUCCACCAGAGACCGCCGUGCUGCUCGCCUCCUACUCUGUUCAGGCCAAGUUUGGAGACUACCACAAAGAACUCAACCAGCCUGGAUACCUGAUGUCUGAACGCCUGCUGCCACACAGAGUUCAGGAGCAGCACAAGUUAUCCAGAGAGCAGUGGGAGGAGAGGAUUCAGGUGUGGCACGAGGAGCACCAUGGGAUGUUGAAGGAGGACGCGAUGCUGGAGUACCUGAAGAUCGCCCAAGAUCUGGAAAUGUACGGAGUGAACUACUUUGACAUCAAGAACAAGAAAGGGACAGAGCUGUGGCUGGGAGUGGACGCCCUGGGACUCAACAUUUAUGAGAAGGACGACAAACUGACCCCGAAGAUUGGCUUCCCCUGGAGUGAGAUCAGAAACAUUUCCUUCAACGAUAAGAAGUUCAUCAUCAAACCCAUUGACAAAAAAUCUCCUGACUUUGGGUUUUAUGCAGCAAGACUGAGGAUAAAUAAGCGCAUCCUGCAGCUGUGCAUGGGCAACCACGAGCUGUACAUGCGUCGCCGCAGGCCAGACACGAUCGAGGUGCAGCAGAUGAAGGCUCAGGCCCAAGAGGAGAAGCAACAGAAACAGAUGGAGAGGGGCCACCUGGAUAAAGAGAAGAAGAAGAGGGAGGCCAUCGAGAGAGAGAAGGAGCAGAUGGAGCAAGAGAAGCAGGAUCUGGUGAUGAGGCUCUAUCAGUUUGAGGAGAAGACCAAGAAGGCAGAGAAAGAUCUGCAGGACCAGCGCCAGAGAGCCAUGAUGCUGGAGCAGGAGCGAAGGAGAGCCGAGGACGAGGCGGCUCGUCUGGAGGCCGAACGCCAGGCGGCUCUGCUGGCUAAAGAGGAGCUCGCCCGCCAUGCUGAGGACCAGCAGAAGAGUCAGGAUCAGCUGGCUACAGAGCUGGCGGAGCACACAGCCAAGAUCAGCCUGCUGGAGGAGGCCAAGAGAUGCAAGGAGCAGGAGGCCGAAUCAUGGCAGCUCAGGGCAAUGGAGGCCCAGGACGAUCUGUUGAAGACCAAGGAGGAGCUGAACAUGGUGAUGACGGCGCCCCCCCCGCCUCCACCUCCCCCCAUGUACGAACCCAUGUACGACAACAGCGACAGCGAAGAGAACGCCAGCAUGAGCAGCGCCGACCUGCAGACCGAAGGCAUCACUGACCACCGCAUCGAGGAGGACCGGCUGACCGAGGCCGAGAAGAACGAGCGCGUCCAGAAACAGCUGAAGGCCCUGACCUCAGAGCUGGCUCAUGCACGUGAUGAAUCCAAGAAUACCCAGAACGACCUUCUUCACAGCGAGAACGUCCGGGCCGGCCGAGACAAAUACAAGACCCUGCGACAGAUCCGACAGGGCAACACCAAGCAGAGGAUCGAUGAGUUUGAGUCUUUAUAAAAAAGCCCCUCACCCUUUCUGAAUGGUCACUCCAUUCCGGCCGUCACACACGGACACACACAAACACGCUUAAAGUCAUGUAUAACACACAUCUGUUGCAGACUAAACUGGAGCAGUAAAAGCAUCACGUACAGAGAGAGAGAGAGACACUCUUGUUUUGAGCGUGCAGCGCUUUGCAAAUCCCUCGAAGAAAACUUAGUGCCAAAACCUUUCUCUUCGUAGUGUUUCACGUCUUAUUUGUGUAUUUGAUUGUGUCAUUUGAUCAAAUUCAGACCAAAUCAUUAUUGUUUUUAUCCAGAGGUGUGAUGAAGUAGUGGGACUAGCCUAAUUUUAUUAUUAUUACAUGAUGUACACAUAUGAUAUGUAAUCAAAGCCUCGCUUCUUUUUGAUGUCUCUCAUUCGUUGUGUACGAAGAGGACAGCUUGUCUUUCAUAGCGACCACUCGGAAUGGGGGAAAACAGUGAAAGCAAGAACAUUUUUUUGUUUUUGUUUUACAUUAUAUUUUAACACUUCCAUUUAUGUUUAAUAUUGCUAUACAGUAGUUUAAAAUCAUGCUUAGUUUGAUAUUUAUGCUGUAUAUGGGACAUUGAAAAGGGUAUUUCAUCUUGGUUUGUAUAUUUUUGCUAUCUACUAAUGAUAAUAAAAACAUUCAAAGAUUUUA